GAUUGCUCUUGGUUAUCAUUUUUUGUGGAAGAAAAAUCUUGAAAAUCUGGGGCAGGUUACUGUGCUCCUAGAGGUGGUAGUUCUUCUUUUGCAAGAGGAGCUGACCAGACCAAGCUACUAGAGACAUUUUUCCAGCAAGUAAAGAGAAUUUUCCUCCCGGAACGAGAGGGAUUUCUCCCCCUCCGGCUCUGCAGCCGAGUAAGAGAGAUUAGUCCCUAAACCCUGUGAAAUCGACUAGAGCCGUGUGAUUACCAGGGCUUGAGAGAGGACUGGGGAAGAAAAAGAAAUAAAUCAAACAGCCUGUCAGUGCCUUUGGCCACGUUGGAAGAUGUCAUCUCAAACUAAGUUCAAGAAAGACAAAGAGAUCAUUGCUGAAUAUGAAGCCCAAAUAAAAGAGAUCCGCACGCAGCUGGUGGAGCAGUUCAAGUGCCUGGAGCAGCAGUCGGAGUCGCGGCUGCAGUUGCUCCAGGACCUCCAGGAGUUCUUCCGCCGCAAAGCCGAGAUCGAGCUCGAGUACUCCCGCAGCCUGGAGAAGCUGGCCGAGCGCUUCUCCUCCAAGAUCCGCAGCUCCCGGGAGCACCAGUUCAAGAAGGACCAGUACCUCCUCUCACCCGUGAACUGUUGGUACCUAGUCCUGCAUCAGACCAGGCGGGAGAGUCGAGAUCAUGCCACCCUCAAUGACAUCUUCAUGAACAAUGUCAUCGUCCGCCUCUCACAGAUCAGCGAGGAUGUCAUCAGACUCUUCAAAAAGAGCAAGGAGAUUGGCCUGCAGAUGCAUGAGGAGCUCCUCAAGGUCACCAAUGAGCUUUACACGGUCAUGAAAACCUACCACAUGUACCACGCAGAAAGCAUCAGUGCAGAAAGCAAGCUGAAGGAGGCCGAGAAGCAGGAGGAGAAGCAGUUCAACAAGUCGGGCGACCUCAGCAUGAACCUGCUCCGCUACGAGGACCGGCCCCAGCGCCGCAGCUCCGUGAAGAAAAUUGAGAAGAUGAAGGAGAAGAGGCAGGCAAAGUAUUCUGAGAACAAGCUCAAAUGCACAAAGGCCCGAAACGACUACUUGCUGAAUCUGGCGGCCACCAAUGCAGCUAUCAGCAAAUACUACAUCCACGACGUCUCCGACCUAAUCGACUGCUGUGACUUGGGCUUUCAUGCCAGCCUGGCCCGCACCUUCCGGACCUACCUCUCAGCCGAGUACAACCUGGAGACCUCUCGCCAUGAGGGGCUGGAUGUCAUCGAGAACGCGGUAGACAACCUGGACUCCCGCAGCGACAAGCACACCGUCAUGGACAUGUGCAACCAGGUCUUCUGUCCUCCGCUCAAGUUUGAGUUCCAGCCCCACAUGGGGGAUGAGGUGUGCCAGGUCAGCGCUCAGCAGCCCGUCCAGACGGAAUUGCUCAUGCGGUACCACCAGCUGCAGUCCAGACUGGCCACUCUCAAGAUAGAGAAUGAGGAGGUUAGAAAAACCCUGGAUGCCACCAUGCAGACCUUGCAGGACAUGCUGACCGUGGAGGACUUUGACGUCUCUGACGCCUUCCAACACAGCCGAUCUACAGAGUCUGUGAAGUCGGCUGCCUCCGAGACCUACAUGAGCAAGACUAACGUUGCCAAAAGAAGAGCCAACCAGCAAGAAACAGAAAUGUUUUAUUUUACAAAAUUUAAAGAAUAUGUGAACGGCAGUAACCUCAUCACUAAGCUACAGGCCAAGCAUGACUUACUCAAGCAGACCCUGGGUGAAGGGGAGAGAGCAGAAUGUGGCACGACCAGGCCCCCCUGUCUUCCCCCUAAACCACAGAAAAUGAGGAGACCUAGGCCUCUCUCAGUGUGUAGCCAUAAACUAUUUAACGGCUGUAUGGAAGCGUUUAUUAAGGAUUCAGGACAAGCUAUACCACUCGUAGUCGAGAGCUGCAUCCGGUACAUCAAUUUAUACGGACUCCAGCAGCAAGGGAUCUUCCGAGUGCCAGGAUCUCAGGUUGAAGUCAAUGACAUAAAGAAUUCCUUUGAGAGAGGUGAAGAUCCCCUUGUGGAUGAUCAAAAUGAACGUGAUAUCAAUUCAGUUGCUGGUGUUUUAAAACUGUAUUUCCGAGGACUGGAAAAUCCACUCUUUCCUAAGGAAAGGUUUCAAGAUUUGAUAUCUACUAUUAAACUGGAGAACCCGGCUGAGAGGGUGCACCAGAUCCAGCAAAUCCUCAUCACCCUUCCCCGCGUGGUCCUAGUGGUCAUGAGAUAUCUCUUCGCUUUCCUCAACCACCUCUCGCAGUAUAGCGACGAGAACAUGAUGGACCCCUACAACCUGGCCAUCUGCUUCGGGCCCACCCUCAUGCACAUCCCUGAUGGGCAGGACCCCGUAUCCUGCCAGGCACACGUCAAUGAAGUCAUCAAAACCAUCAUCAUCCAUCAUGAAGCCAUCUUCCCCAGCCCCCGGGAGCUAGAGGGACCUGUGUAUGAAAAAUGCAUGGCUGGAGGGGAAGAAUAUUGUGACAGUCCACAUAGCGAGCCAGGAACUAUCGAUGAAGUUGACCAUGACAAUGGCACGGAGCCUCACACCAGUGACGAAGAAGUGGAGCAGAUCGAGGCCAUCGCCAAGUUUGACUAUGUGGGGCGAUCCCCGCGUGAGCUGUCCUUCAAGAAGGGGGCGUCUCUGCUCCUGUACCACCGUGCCUCGGAGGACUGGUGGGAGGGUCGUCACAAUGGCGUGGACGGACUCAUCCCACAUCAGUACAUAGUCGUACAGGACAUGGACGACGCCUUCUCCGACAGCCUGAGCCAAAAGGCUGACAGCGAGGCCAGCAGUGGGCCGCUGCUGGAUGACAAAGCCUCCUCCAAAAACGACCUCCAGUCGCCCACGGAGCACAUCUCGGAUUACGGCUUUGGGGGGGUGAUGGGCCGAGUGCGGUUACGAUCUGAUGGAGCGGCCAUCCCCAGGCGCCGAAGCGGGGGCGACACACACAGCCCGCCCCGGGGCCUGGGCCCCAGCGUAGACACGCCGCCCCGGGCUGCUGCCUGCCCCAGCAGCCCCCACAAAAUCCCCCUCACCCGGGGGAGGAUCGAGAGCCCUGAGAAGCGGAGGAUGGCCACAUUUGGGAGUGCCGGCAGCAUCAACUACCCUGACAAGAAGGCUCUCUCCGAAGGGCACUCGAUGAGGUCGACCUGCGGCUCCACCAGGCACAGCAGCCUAGGGGACCACAAGUCCCUGGAAGCUGAGGCCCUGGCAGAAGACAUCGAGAAGACCAUGAGCACAGCUCUGCACGAGUUGCGGGAGCUCGAGAGACAGAACACGGUCAAGCAGGCGCCAGAUGUGGUGCUGGACACCCUGGAGCCGCUGAAGAACCCGCCAGGCCCCAUCAGCUCGGAGCCCGCCAGCCCCCUGCACACCAUCGUCAUCCGCGACCCCGACGCCGCCAUGCGCCGCAGCAGCAGCUCGUCCACCGAGAUGAUGACCACGUUCAAGCCCGCGCUGUCCGCCCGCCUGGCCGGCGCCCAGCUGCGCCCGCCCCCCAUGCGGCCCGUGCGGCCGGUCGUCCAGCACCGCUCCAGCAGCAGCAGCAGCUCGGGCGUGGGCAGCCCGGCCGUGACCCCCACGGAGAAGAUGUUCCCCAACAGCUCCGCGGACAAGUCGGGCACCAUGUGACCUCCGGGACGGGGCGGCACCGCCGUGGCCCGCCGUGGCCGGGGGAGGCCUCUGUGACUUCGGCGGCCCUCCCAGUGCCCUUGGCUUUGUCGGGUGGGGACCGGAAGGUCCGCCUGGAAGCGCGUCUGUGCAGAGCUGAGGCCCAGGCUCUGGCUGCGGCUCGUGUUCGGCCAUGUGAAUCCCGCAGGCCUCCGGCGCCUAAGCAGGCACCCAGAGGGGUGCGGGUGCAGGAGCCUCUCCUAAAGAUUGGGGCAAACUGUUAAACGGCCUCCCCGCGUAUGGUCACUGGAAAAUGAUUCUCUCCACAUUCUCUCUACAUACAUAAAUAUGUGUGGAUAUAUAUGUGUGCAUAUAUACACACAUACAUGUAUGUAUAUGUCUGUAGGUGUGUGUAUAUAUAUAUAUAUUUAUGCAUCUAUAUACAUCUACUAGAUCUGGACACACAACUAAAUGUAUAUAGGAUCUCCUUUUUCUUUUUAUGAAACUUAGAUUUACCUCAGACCCAUGCCACCAAACACUUCCCGCUGAGUUACUUGGUGGGACUUGCAGGGACCUUUCUGGGAGAAUUUAGAGGCCUCAGUGACUGCGGAUGAAGCAAUACACCACUAACCUGCAGAAAAAUACACAAAAACAGUCUCCCACUGUCUCCAGAAGUCGUGGCCUUCCAGAACAAUCUGCCCCUCACGGAAGGGUGGGACAGGCGGUACCCCCAAGCAGGCUGCUCCUAGAGGUGGGGAACCCUUCACAGAACCCGCCCCCCCCGCCCCCGUCCACCCCAGAGACCCUGCCUUUCCACCUGGAGGCCAAGGGCCAACCGAACCUCCAAAGGCCCGGGAGGACGGCGAGAAGGCCCCUGACCACAGCAUCCUUGUGUUCGUGUGUAGAAAAGGGGAUCGUGAGAGCCUAGGCCCCAUCGCAGCACAGUGUUCUGUGUGGUUGGGGAAAAGGCAAAACAAAAACAGUGGUGUGGAACCUUCGAAGCCUAGACACGCUGUAGGAAUAAAGUACCUAUAGAGGUUUAACUUAUACCAUUUUCAAAAUAUUUAAUUUUUUUCUUUUCUUCUUUCUACUAAUUAUACUGUGUCAGAUCUGGAACUAAACAGGCAAGGAGGCUUUCGGUCACAUCAUUUUAAUUUCAAAUCAGUCCGCAACCCACUUUGGCUGCUGCCCUCCUGCGUGAAACGCAGGGACCUCACAGCAGGGGCCAAAGAGGGGCCAUCCUCGGCACUUUCUGUCCUAGAGAACACUUCGGUUGACUUCAUGCAAAUGAAAUGGCUUCCCUCUCCCCCAUCCCUCCCCUUCCUAGCCCCUGCACGCCCGCCCUCCCCCCACCACCUCCAGAACAUUUAAUGUAAUUGAAAAUACGGUGAUAGAACUGAGGUGAGUGAUUUUCAAGAAUUAGGAGCUAGACUUCGGCCUCUUGGCUGGGAAAGGGCCUUCUGGAUCACUCUUGUUCCAUUCCAUUUUGCUUCCUCUUUUGGUCUUUGUAUUUUCCAGAGAUAGGCUGAUUUCUGGAUGAUGGAAUGUAGGCGAAUCACAUCCUAAGGGGACCACUUUUAUUCAUUCCUCAUGCCCAGGGUCUCCUCCUUACCGUUCUCAAGCAUUACCUCUUUCUCUGAGUGCAUCUCCAUGGCUGUGGUUCAGAGUCAAAAGUCCUGUGUUUGAGUCCCAGCCCCCACCUCUUAGGAGCCGUGGCCUUUGGGCAUGUCACCCCACCGCACUCAGCCCGUUUCCUGCUCCGUAAAGAUAAAGUGUAGGUGAGCAAGCUCUGGAAGCUGGAAAGCACUGUACCAACAUGAUCGCUCUUUUUAUUAUCAUUAGUGAGGUAAGUCUUUUAGAGCAAAACCCAUCCAGAAUUCUCCUUUUGAAGCUUCCUAAGGGCAUUUGAGAAGUGGGCGGUGGAAUUUUCCUAGUAGUUUCAUAAAAGCCGUGAAGCACAGCCCUACAGAUAAUAUCACCUACUGACGCUUGAAAUUCUGCCCUUACCAUUUCACCUCAUUGGACUAAGUUUUGCCCUCUCCUCUGGUCCUUCGUAAAAAGGUAAAUGCACCCCAGGGGGAGGGACCUAGUAAGUCACUACUACCUGAGUGUGCAGGAGUGGUAGGCCAUUCUGUCUCAUAGGAAGCAUUGGCAGUGAGCACACUCAGUGGAAGGGGUCAAGAAAGGGCACAAAAAAGAAAGUGCCAGACAGAGGUCAAUGAUAAACGUCCUUGUUUUGCCGAAAAUCUCCCAUUCUGUUUUAGCUCCUGGAAAUGAAAGAGCCUCAGAACCAGCUAGGAGCCCUCUGCCUUUGAGCAGAUGACUCUGUCCCCCUUUUACAGCUUGGGGAAGGAAACAUGGCCUUGGGAUGUGCUGUGACUUGCCCAAGAUUUAACAGACGGCCGUGAUCAGGCGCUUGCCCAGGAGGACGCUCUGCCCUCCAGCCAAGAUGCAAGACUUCUCAUUUCUACCCCAGAGAUACUCCCAGACCUUAAAUGCAGUCACUUCCUGUGCAAAAUGUCACAUUAUCUGACACAGCUACCCAAUGAGAAGCGAAAAGUUGAGUUGACGACUGUGUUGCCUGAUGUGUAGACCAGUCAGAGCAUGUGGCGGUUCCUGUAGACUGACCGAGUUUUUCCUUACUGAAAGUGGAUCUGUCUGCCCUUCACCAAAUUACCUGAAGGCAGAGUCUUCGCCGAUUUCUUUUAAGUCCCUAUUUUUCCAUUGGGAAAUGGCCAGUGAGUUCACAUUUAGGGAAGCUCACAGCCCACUCAUCCAGAUCUGACGCUUGGCGCAGAACCACAUGGAAAAAUACUCUCCUGCCCCGCGUCCCCCCUCUUCCUCAUCUGGCACUAUGCAUGCCUCCGCCGCCCUCCAUGCACACCCUGUCCCAUCCACGGUCACUGAGCAUUGGCAUUCUCUUCCUGACUCCUGCCUGUGUUAGUCCACUAUAUAUUGCUGUAUUUGCUUAAAUGCUGGAAAGUAACUGUUAAAAUGUGAAACUGUAAUUUUUAAAAGGCUACAAUUAAAUUCUAGCCAAUGCCACUCACCAAAUCUUUGCACCUAGUAGAUAGAUCAAUGUAAAAAACAAAUACCAGAAACCUAACUGUACAGUGAGUGUGGGGGAAACGUAGUAACCUAGUUAGUAGUCCUCAAUAUAACCAGUUGUACCAGGGGAGUGGUGGUUACCUACUUGUUCAUCGCCAUUGCUGAGAGCUGUACCGGUCAGUUCGUUGAUAACGGGCAUUUUUUUUUUCCUUCUUCACAGAAUGAUUUCUUUUCUUAACCUUCGACUUACCCUGAGGUCAAGCCUUUUGUCUUUAUGUGUAACCGAUGUUCAGUCUAUUUUAGGAAUGAACCAGCAAGAUGUUCAUUUAAAACUGACCAAAGACAAUUCAUUCCUGGUCUAGUUUCCCGGGCCUUGGGGCCCAGCCGCCGCUGAAGACCUUUCUCCGAUAAAAUUGAGAACAAGCUGUGCUUCCUACCCCACUCUCCUCUCCCUUUAUUCCCCCUUCCCCCUUCCUCUUCAAGAGCUGCUCUGAGCUGUGGGAUUCUAUGAAAAAUUCUUGCCUUUCCUUGUUUUCAGUGCUAACGAUUUCUCACCUCGAAGCGCCUUUUGAACCCCGGACAGAGCGCAUACCUGGAGGGAAUUGUAAGCUCGGGAAUUAGACUUGGGAGUCUUUUCUCUGAGGUCCCCAGGCCAAGGGGCAGGAGAGAAAUGGAUUCCCAAGGGAUGAAAGGUUCCUGUUCAACGAGGAAAUCCGAGUGGGAAGAGACCCAGGGAAAAGGAGCCAUCGUUUGGCUACUGGCCGGAACCAGCAGUUCAGAGAUCUGCCUUAUAAACCCUUCAGGACUGGUUUGUGGUACAGGAAGGGGAGCCAGUGUGGGGAAGGGCCCUCACGUGGGCUUGCUUCUCUGUCGCAGUCCCUUGGAGUGCCUUGUUGGGUAUAUUUCUUUCUCAUUCAGGAGGCAUGAACGCGGAGGACUUGCCGUGGCCUGGGCGUUGCUUGGCACUCCGCACACGCCCACGGCUGAUGGAAGACCUCAAGGACUAAAGUAACGGUUCUUCCUCUCCGUCUUUCUAGUCCUAACUUUCCACACAUCCAGAUGGUUCCACACUAGAGCAAAUGCCUCAUUCUCCGGAGAAUCCCAGAGAGAAGAGUGGCUGGCUCACGACGGCGGCGGCAGGCCCUGUUGGGCUUGGGAGGAACAGGCGGGAGGGGGUGAGCGAGGUGUUGCUCAGCUGAUUCUCUGCUGUGCAGAGCUAAUGCUGACGUUUCACGUCAAUUUCCCCGGUUCUCUGGGGUCUCCUCUCUUCUGAGCGGCUGUGUAGAGAAUUCCCCACAUACCCAAAGCUGCCCCCGGGGAGCCGGGAGAAGGGACUUUGCUGUCAUGUCGGACUCCUGGCUUCUCUGAGGCUGAUCUGCCGAUGUCCCGCUGUCCCAUCCUCCGGGACUGGCCGAAUGGCCACCGCUGCCCCUCGCCGACACCCCCUUUCUGUGUGAACUGUCCCAGGCAAAUCACAAAGCUGUUCCUUGAACCAGAGCAACCAGAGUGCACUUUGCCUUCCUUAGACGGAGGAAGAUUCUGGCUAGAGUUUCUGCUCAGGCUCUAGUUCCCGGCAGUGUGACUGUUUACACGGUUUGGCAAUAGAUUUGGUUCUGAUUGCUUCAGAGUGGCUGGUCGAUUUCGUUUCCUUUGGUUUCCUUCCUCCCCAAACUGUGUCAGGAAAAAAAUAAAUGGAAAACAACCCUAGGAAAUUGCUGGUUGCCUGUCCCCACGUGAUGACAAGUGUCGCCCUCUUCCGGAUAUCGUUUCUCUACCUUACAACCAAACGCCCGUCCUAUAGAGUGUCUGUUGCGUAUUCUGAUGGUGCCUGCUGGUUUGACGUGGAGCUAUCCUGUGAAAUAAAACAGCUUAACUUUUCUCAAA